GACAUACUGCACGUAACUUUGCCUUUGUGUGUUUUUACAGCUUCUGCCUAUGGCCGCAGAGCAGCUCCAGUGGAUGCCAUUUGUGAAUCCUAAACUACACGUGCCCCUGAUUAGAUUGAUUUACUGGUGUGUAAGACAGCUAGACAAUGAUCUUAAGGACCCAGCAAUGGCAGCAACAAUGACGAGACUUGCUGAAGAUAUUUUCAGAGGCAUAAGAAGUAAUGGAAACGUGCAGAGUUCUUCUGGACAUUGUGCAAAGAGCAAAUCAAAAUCAGCGCUUUUCUUUACCAGUCCCUUUCUGCCUAUGAGGUUUCUGUCAACGAUGAUUGUGCUUAAAAUAGAGACACGAAUGAAUUACCUGGAGCAGGCAUUUCGUUCCCUUUCUGUGGACUUGAAGACUGACGAAGGGAAGGCCUUACUUUUGGGAUACCAGUGUGUGCCCAUCUUGUUAAGUCACUUAGUGAACUGAUCCAAGAUCUACAGAAGACAACAGACCCAGUUCAUUCUUCCAUCUGUACAAACCUGAAUUCUAUCCUGUCUAAUUUGGGAGCGGAGCAGGGCGGCACUCACGCUGCCCCUCCAGACACGGGUCACUAGAAGCAUCGGCCAAUCCAACUGUUGUUCUGUGUCACUGGCAUGAAUUGCCUGCUGCAUCACUGGUGGAAGCCACUGCCAGAAAUAAAUUGUUCCAAACCUCAGUACAAAUACAAAUUUUAUUUUAAUGUGA